GUUGCGAGAUUGUGUCUGUUUUGGAGGCGUUAACACCUUUUUUGAGCUUAUUUGAUUCACAGUUGGUGUGGAUUUUGCAUCGUUGGUGUAAAAUGUCCUAUUGUGUACCGGUACAAUGGGAACUAGUGGUUUCAGUCUUGUCGGUCAUCUGUCAGGCAAGUCAAGGGCAUCUCAGGUUCAAUACUCAUUGGCCCAUGCCACUUGCGUUCGUCGUAUAUACAUGCCCAUGUGUAGCUUCUCAAGUCUCCAAUCGGUUGAAAAUGACGACUCUAGCAUCUGGUGGCGGUUUGAUCAGAAUGAGAGUCGUCACCAUUGUCAUAACAACGGCCUGUCAGUUAUUCAAGCUCAUCAAUGCGAGUCAUACAUCACGAUCCCAAGACAAUAACAUGUGCCAAGGUAUGGCCACCUAUUACAUCAGUGAGGAAUGUGCCAACCCAGUUCGGGAAGGAGAUACGGUGAUUUUGGUCAACUACUGCAAGAUCAUCAGCCUCCGAUGGAAUAAAGGGAUAGGAAGAGAACCUCGCCAAGACUAGAAGUCUUGCUAUCCCCUGCAUGGCUGGUAUCUUGCGUCAAGUGUUUGAGGCGGUCCCAAUCUAUACUUCUUGGCUCCAUUACAUCAGC